AUGGCUUCGACUGCUUUAGCCGCCAAAAUCAUCGCAUUGGCUACAGCGCAAUUAGGGCCUUUGCAUGACUAUCUGUGGGUCUGCCUUUCUAAAGAAAGUGGCAUCGCACAGCCUAUAAGUGUCUGA